AGCGCGCUUCGAGGGAGAGGGGGAAAGGAGCACGCCGCGCAUCUCGCGCCGAGGAAGCGCCGGCCACUCCGGCAAAGCCCGGCCGGCGUUGCGCACCGCGCCGACGAAACUCUGCCGCUCGCCGAACACUUGCACGAGGCUGACCAUACGCGCGCUGUAUUAUGAACACCCAGCAGCUCGCAGAUGGCUCGAUUAUCGACGAGGCGACGACGACGCCUACGACUCCGAUGAACAAGCGUUCGAGCGUUUCUCUUCUAAAUCGCGCAACGGGUGGGUGACGUUUACGGAUGAAGUGCCGAUGGAGCAGCUCACCGGGACUGUAGCGCCGCUCAACCUGCGGCUGUCCGUCGACGACCUGUGUGACGACGCCGUGUUCGAAGACGACCAGAUCGUGCCCGAUUCGAGUCUGUCUGUGAUAUCGCUCAGGGUGGACCGUAUGCUGCUGGAGACGAUGCCGGUGUCCGUGGCCACGAGUCAGGUCGGGAAGCUACAGGAUAACCUCCGACCGGGACCCAACAACUCCGCCUGGCCUUACUCCAGGCACCGGGAAGCGUCCUGGCAAGGCCGCUAUCGGACUUCAGCCAAGCAAGACUUGGACGCUUACCUGGAUCGCAACGGCGACUGGACCCAACGGCUGCAGCCGCCACCGACGGCGGCCGAUACGAGCGCCCAGCAGAAGGCCAGGCGGGAGAGCGCCUCCCAGGUCGACGAGUUCUUCGAGGACCAGAGCGAACCGGACGGUGGUCCCGCUUCAUCGAUGGCCUUCGCGGCGUACGCCAACUCCCAGGCGGCCCUCCUCACACGCAACGCCCAUCCACACCACCCUUACGCCCACCACCACCCGGUCCGACCAGACUACCGACUCUACCAUCCGGCCUGCUCGAAACCAUCGCCCGAUGACGACGUCUUCGCCAAACCUAACCCACCCCAGCCGGCCUCCGGAACCUUCAACGGUAUCUGGGAGGACAUCACGGCUAGCAUCAACGUCAGAGACCCGGACGUGUCCAGCGGGUCUGCAACGAACCAGGCGGACAUGGUGCACGUCAAGACAGAAUCCUCGGUGCUCGCACCCUGCCAGUACAGUAGCAACGCCACCGACAGUAGCGGCGGUCCCAACAGUGCGGCUGUGGGAGUCAAGCAAGAACUGGAAGCGUCCUGCUAUCCUGGCGGAAGCUACUCGCCGCAGGGUGGGAAUGGCGGCGCCGCGGCUGGCUUCAAGUUUACGGCCAUGGUGGGACCUCAUCUCUCCAUGGGCCGGGUAUAUAUGCCUCCGACGCCCCCGAGUUCAGAGCCUGGGAGUCCUGCUACGGACGGGGUGCCGCUGAGUUCGAGAAGAACGCCGCCACCGCCGUAUCCGGCGGAGGGACCUCCGGGGCCGCAGGGCAACGGCGGGGCGCCGUGUCUGCAGCCCACCCGGUACAACAAGAGGAACAAUCCGGAGCUGGAGAAGCGGAGGAUUCAUCACUGCGACUUUCCCGGUUGCUCCAAAGUGUACACCAAAAGUUCGCAUUUGAAAGCUCACCAGCGGAUACACACAGGAGAGAAGCCCUAUCAUUGCCAGUGGCCAGAAUGCCAGUGGCGCUUCGCGCGGUCCGACGAGCUGACCCGCCACUACCGCAAGCACACGGGCGCCAAGCCCUUCAAGUGCAGAAUAUGCGAGCGGUCUUUCGCCAGGUCGGACCACUUGGCGCUCCACAUGAAGCGGCAUCAGCCCAAGAGCAAGUGAACCACCGCCGCCUCCACCUUCCAAGGCUCGACGAAGACGCUUCGUCAAAACAACCAAGCGAGAUGAAGAGAAAAAGCAUCUGCGCACAACGCAAUGUACAACAAACUGCUCCCACGUCACGUGUAACAUAAAGACUCUGGUACACCGUGACGUACCAGACGCGCGCACGAGUGUUCCGGAAUGGUACAGCUCACAUACGCGAGCUCCUGGAGACGGCAAAGGACGCUGGGGACUCGACAGUACCCCAAGUCACCCACGACCUGUCCGCCCAGCUGGUGGUCAUCAAGAUUGGGACGCCCGUGCACCAGACCGUGCCAGACAUUUUGGUCGUUGUGCUUUCAACUAGAAACCGAAAGCGGACGGUCGUGCCAGCAGCGUGCCACGUCAUCACCGAGUCCAGCUCUGCAAGCGUCCAGGAACGGGCAUCAAAGCACCAGGAUGUCUUGGACGUUCCCUACAUUGCCUUCCCGAUGGCCGACGCUGUUGCAAUGUUUGGAGACUGAGGCGCCGGAUCAUGUAUCUGCUGUGUCUCGUUCACUUUUUUUUUUUUUCCUCAAUCAGAACAUGCGGACGGUAAUAUUUGAAUCCGUGUUCUUCGAGAGAUUUUUCUGAAUUCAUCACGUGCCAUCAAAGGCUAUUUUGCUGCCACCACAGUGCCAAUCUCCAAGUGCCGCGACGCUGGCGAAAGAGCAUCUCUCAAUUGUAAUUAGUUAUCUUAUUGUUCGUAUCUUUACUGUCUUCCAUCGUUGACGUUGUUUCUGUUGUUGAUACGCUCGAUUGUGAUGUUUGUUUAAUACUACGGCCCCGUUUGAUGCCCCACGAACCUUUUUGUACGGCUUCCACUGUUAUGCAGAGUUUCUUACUCUCUUCUAUUCGUUCGGGUGUGUGUCGGCAAACGCCGGUUGUCUAGCGACAGUAACAUGCUCGUACAUGGUGCAAAACACACGGUAUUUGCUGUUGACAUGACGACAAAAUCAUGUGCGGACACGACUCAAGUAUGUUCGACGCAUAUUUGCUUGAUACAUAUGCAUGCUUAGAACAUGACUGCAUACUGUCUUUUUGAAUGAUGUACUAGCAAUGUGACCGCGAAUUUAGGAAGGAAUGAUGCAGCGUUCAGUACUUAAAACGUUCAAGGGCUAAGCCUUUCAAUGCCCCAUCAUAUAUUCUUCUAUACAAACCGUACAUUUCAGCUUGUGGGAUCUGGCUUGAACUUCGCAACAUCAAAGUCGAGGUGAAUUUCGUAAAAAAGAAAAGAAAGAUUGCAACUCUGGCAAGGAAAAAUGCGCGUGUAGCCUACCAAGGUAAUAGUAGCGAAUGAUUUUAGGUUUUAUUUAUUUGUUUUCUUUUAUUUUUUCUUCGGAUACGUAUUCGCUGGCUGCGGCUAAGGAAACACACGCGGCACUUUGUGCGCAUAUGUGCCACGUGUAGCGUCUCUGCGCACUACGCGACGUCAAACCCCGCGGCGUAGAUAAUUGUUUCUCUCGUCAAUCCCAAAGGCCAUUGUUAGCCAUCAAAAUUUCGCUCGUUAACUGUUAAAAAUGUUGUUUUGCUACGACUGUUUCCACCUCGCUGAAAGCCGUCAAAAUUUACCAUUGUUCGUAUUGCGUCAAGGUGCAACACCAGUAAAAAAAUAAAGACAUUGAAAAAACAUAAAAAAAGAGCAACAGGUGUUUAAUAUACCGCCACUUUUACCGCGAGCCUUGUACACUGUUACCGCCUGAUCCGAGCCGAGAAAGAAUCCAGCUUAUACCAUCUUCCGAUUGUACAACAAAUUCGCAGCCGCCUUCUCGUUUACACACCAAGUGCCAUACCACAAAACGCAUCAAACGCUGUGGACUAUUGUUCACGUUAAGCCUAAAUAUGUUCACGAGACUUUCCACGUGUGCCUUAUGAAACACUCGCGCCUGUACGUAAAAAAAAUGUUCCAGAAGGACUUUAAACACAGUAACUAAUUUAAAGAUCUGCAGCGAUUUCAGAAAGCAUGUGCCUGACGAGGCGGACGCCCUUCUUCUCCUGUGACGUCAGAAAAAUAUGCUCUGAGUGGCAGAGUGAUGUCGUGUUUCCUUGGGAAUCCAAGGGCAAGUUGUCUCUUGCCACUCUUUUGGGACAGUUUUCACACUAUUCAUUCCUUUGUAGUCUAAUGAGAAUCUAAAAAAGAAGUUUAAUGGUCCUAAAUGUAGCUUGAAGGAGCCUUCAGAUCAGCUGAACCGCACUUUCUCCUAACUAUUUUAAAAAUGUAAAAAAAGCAAAUUGCAAGAAUAAAAAAUAUGUCUCAUUUCACUGCCCCCCCCCCCCCCCUUUUCCCCCCUCCCCCCGGAAGGAAUGGGACACCUGCAAGAUUGCACUAAAAAUUGUACUGGUGAAUAUUAUAGGCAGGCGGGUCUUCAUCGGGCAUGGCGCCCGGUUGCAGUCGCCUUUUUCGCUUCGAUCGUCUGUUUUUGGCCCGCGGAUUAAGAGUGCGGUAACAUUUACACAGAACAAGUAAUUGGUGACCGCAAUGCAACAUUAAAUAAAAUUAGAUGAUUCGCCAUUAUUACGUGUUAAUCUUAGUGCUAAUCUACCAAUCAGAGCACCAAUCUUCAUAAAGGGACAAGUGAAUCACAGUCCUUGCACACGGUAAGUUGCCAAUUGUGGCAACAGGUGAGAUGUUAAGCUUAAAAUAGCGGUAGUUAAAAUCAACCAAUUAACACAUCCUUUUCAAGGUUAUUUGUUGGCCAAACCGUUUUGGUUCAAGAAUCGAGAAAACCGAAUGCAUACCGCUUGCUUUUGUCGAAGUAGCAACCACUCACUCAAACCGCGUACACAACGUCAAUCAAGUACGCCAUUAGAGUUGAAAGUAACGCUACCACAGCGUCCUCAAUCUAACUCUUCAUCAACUAUUUUCGAACCGCUCACUAAAAAAAUAUGUUGACUGUCCCACUCCGCCUACCAUCCCCUUUUUCCCCACUCUCCCCUAUCAGUCGUUCAAUUUGAUGGCCUACCGAGAAAACGCCGCACUCUUCUACACCUCCCGAACAGUGUGACUCGCGCCAUUUUGAAGCCCCAGUUCUUGGCUUUGUUUCUCCGAGCAGUUUCUACCCGACCACGCUAGAGAGAGUUAAUAAAAAAUAGAUGACUGUUGUACCGAAUCAUUCCAAGCUGCCUCCGUAACAUGUUAUCACAUGCGAUCUCGUCUCUACGUCAUCGUGUCACCGGUCACCAUGUUGUCAUUUCGACAUGCAUCGAGAAAUAUUAGCAUGUGUACAUAAAACCUGCCUUUAUUCUAUAUAUAUAUUUUUUUCUUGAGAAUUGAGUUGAAUCUUUGUGCGAAUCACACUUGCCGCGUUUUUCGACGCUCAAUGUUUCGUCGAUGCUCAAGUUGUACUUAAUAUUUUUCUCUGUUUUUACACGGGUUGUGUACAUACUUUUGAGCACAGAUCUUUUGGGACUGCAGAGUGAACCGUAUGUAUAAAAAGGAGGGAAAAGAAACUUGGUAUUUUCUCUUUUAAAAGUGGUGCCUUCGAGGGUUUGCGUUGAUUGCUCAUUCUUUAUUCCCUACCUUUUACCUGAUGUCCUGUUUUCUUAAAGCCAUUCUGUUGUUUUUAAGUGUUGUGUAAUAUACGACUGUUGUUGCCCAAAACGAAAAUAAAAGAGUGCCAUUUUUUGUCUAAAAA